GUGUAUUCGUGAGCCUUUGAUGUGUUUGUGAAAAUGUGUCUUGGCGUGAAAGUUUUCUCGAGCUCAUUUAAAAUCUAUUUUCAAUAAUUCUAAGGCUGUUUUCUAAAUUAUAAACUCCAUUCAGCCUUGCUUGAAACAUUCAUUCACAUUAUUCCACCCAAAUAAGUGUGAUUUAGUGAAGAAUUCUGUGUAGAUUUUGAGGAAGAAGUAAGAAUUUUGCGAAAAGGUCGAUUCGCCAUUAUUUUUGACAGUGCAUCCCAGCUUAUUCAGCAAUUUUCUCGUUGAAAAAAAAUAAUGAAAAAUAUUCACUUUAUUUGCAUUGUGCCUUCAAAAUAUUGUUGCCCCGUACAAUCCUAAAGACUAAAAUGUCCUUUUGAUUGAAUUAGGGGUGAGUAAAAUUACUCUGGAAUUGAUGAAUGUAGUAAAACAAAGAAUUUUCCAUACACGACUGUCAAAGUGAACAAGAAACCACGAGCUGGCUUCUAGAGACAAUGGGUAAGAAUAAAAGACAAACAGAUCCCGUCCUUGAAGGUGAUGAAUCCUCAACGGAGUCAUGCGAUGAAAAGCAGAUUGCUGGCAAUCAAGGUGGAGCAACACCUUCGUGUUCUCAUGUGGCAAAAUCCGUUGAUCAGAAUCGUCUGCGGAAGUUGCUAAAAGCUUCGGGGCUGGAACUGGAGGACUGCAAGGAAUGCAGCAAAAGUUCUUCCACAAAUGCAAAUGCAGAAAAUGAUUUUGAAUACGAUAAAUCCCUUUGGAUGUGCCUCAAGUGUGGUAGUCAGCUGUGUGGGCGUUCCCGGAAUCAGCAUGCAUUGAAGCAUUUUAUGACCCCUCGGUCCGAUCAACAUGCUCUCGUGGUGAAUACGACGAGAUUCGAUGUUUGGUGCUACCUGUGUGAUGGCGAAGUGAAUCCAUCGUGCCCAAAGAAGUUGUUUGACUGCGUAGAUUUCCUGAAGAAAGAAGCAGCUAAAGCACAAACGCAGAGCAGCAAAAGCAUCAACGUUGAGGAGAAGAUUGUGGCAACACUCGAUACAAUAAGACCCCUUGUGAGUGAGACGCAGGAGAAUUUGACGAUUUAUUCAUCACAACCGAAAGUCCCGCCGAAGGGACUUUGUGAAAAGAGUCAAACAUUGAAUGUAAAUGACCUACCUCGAAUUCGUGGCUUGACCAAUUUGGGUAAUACCUGCUUUUUCAACGCUGUCCUGCAAUGUCUUGCUCAAACCCCCUACUUGGUUGAGAUUUUGAGAGAAUCUUCAAAACCAGGAGAACAAUUCCAACUUCCAGGCGGUCUGUUGAAACUUUCAGACGGAACUGAAGUGAACUUACCCCCAAUUAGUGGAACCCUCAAUGCGUGGGGUAAUUUAACGUCCACUCUGGCUGAAACAAUAGAUCAACUCCGUAUGGGCGGUGGUGUUUACGCCCCAAGGAAGCUCUUCAAUCAACUAACAGCAAAAUGGCCCCAAUUUUCCGGUGGUGAUCAACAUGACUCCCACGAAUUACUCCGACAUCUCCUUGAGAGUGUUCGAAGUGAGGAUCUCCGUCGCUACCAAUCGGUCAUUCUCCGUUCUCUUGGCUACAGCAGCAAAGUUGAUCCACAAACCGUCGAAGGGGACAUGAAGCAGAAAAUUAAAUUCUACGGCCAGCAGGCAGGAGAGAGAAUUCUAAAACCAGAGCGUGUCUUCAGGGGAUUCCUCGUUUCAACCCUAAUGUGCCAAGAUUGCUAUCACACGUCGUCGAGGCAUGAAUAUUUCUUGGAUAUUUCACUGCCAGUGAGUUUGGAUAAGCCCCAACCACCGAUACGGAGGAAGAGUAGCCCUGAGCCCGAGAAUACGCCUGUACCAACGAAAUCGCGCAUUAAGAAAGACAGGGAGAAGGAGGCAAAAGCGAAGCGUCAGAAGCGGAAGAGGAUACAUUCAAAUCAAGCAGCAGGAGCAGCUGAAGAUUCGACUGAUAAUCUCGGAAUAAAUGAAUCAAAUGCUGAAUAUUCCUCAAAUGAACAAUCUGAUGCCGAUAUUGAAGAUAAUUGUCUCGAUGAUGUCCCGAAAGCAUCACAAAAUGCUACAAAAACUCGAUCUCCGAUUUAUGAUAAUAAUGGGAAUAGUACGAUAAAAUGUUCCACAAAUCCGGAAAAAGUUGACGAUGCACCGGAGAAUCCAAAUAAGGAUAUAACUGAAGAUACGGCAAACACCACAACUGACAGCGCAACGCAGCAGGUGAAUGAGGAGACAAAGAGUGUUCUUGUUGAAAUGGGAAUAAGUGAGGAGCGUGCAAUGUGUUUAGUGAAGCAAAAUAGUAAGACGGAGACGCAGAACUUUGCCGUUCCUGUGAGUCAGAUGGAGGACUUAUCGCUCAGUGAAAAAACGAAGCUUAAUGACCAAAAAGAUGAUAGCGAAACUGAGGUGGAUAAAUGUAAUGAGAUAAUUAAGCCCAAACAGACGCGGAUUCGGACGUAUAGUCAUGCAGAUUGGAGCUCAACACUUGCACCGAGGUAUCAAUGUGAGGAGGGUGAAUGUUCAGUGCAAUCGUGCUUGAAUAAUUUCACAGCACUGGAACUUAUGACUGGAAAUAAUAGGGUUGGAUGUGAUGCUUGCACCGAACGGAUAAAUGGUAAAGGUGGCAAGACAAUUAAUACAAAUGCAACAAAACAAUUUUUCAUCUCAAGUCCACCUGCUGUGCUCAUACUGCACCUCAAACGCUUCCAAAUUGGACCGAGAUUUAUGUCACGUAAAUUAUGUAAGCCCGUCACUUUUCCCACUCUCCUGGAUAUUGCCCCAUUUUGUGGGUCAAAAGUGAAGAAUUUGCCAAAUGUUGAUCGACAUCAGAAGAAGUUAAUUUACUCCCUGUAUGGGAUUGUUGAGCAUUCUGGCGGUAUGCGUGCUGGGCACUAUAUUGCCUAUGUCAAGGUGAGACCGCAAAUGUCCCCUGAUGAUCGUCGUUGGAAAUUCCCACCGCAGGGGAGUAAAGUUGAAUUGGAUCAGGAAGAUGAGGAGAGGGUGCGACUUGAGGAGUCCCUAGAUAAAAUUAAAUACGUAUUGGAUAAUGAUAGUGAUGAUUCCUCAUCAACUUCCGCUGAUACGGGCAUUGGGGAGGAGGAGGGAGCCGUUGGGGGAAGCGAUGAGCCCAACGUUGAAGCUCCCCCGGGGAAAUGGUACUACGUGUCCGAUAGUAGAGUUCAGGAAGUAUCUGAGGAUGCUGCACUUAAAUCUCAAGCUUAUCUUCUAUUCUACGAGCGCAUUUAUUAAAAUGAUUGCAUUUUGGGUGAGAUAGAUGUGCAGUGCGGGGAUUUUUCAAUCACAAGUAAGGACUCUUUUUUUUUUAAAUGUAGUAAGUACUUAUAAAAAAAUAAAUAAAUGAAAAAAUUUAAAUUCGUCCUUUCGUAUUUUCUUCAAAAACAUUUAAUUUUUCUUUAAUGUAAAAGAAAAUUGCUCCAAAUUAAAAAAAAAAUGAUAAAGAAAAUUCCUUAAGAUUGAUCAAUAGUAAGUUAUUGAUGAAACCAUUCUUAAAUAAAUCCAAACAGAGUUCCUUUUGAAUAUGUAAUUUCAGAGUUAAUAUCCAGCAUUGCCACCUAUUAAGAAUUUAAUAAACAAUGUUGAAAUUGACA